CAAUACAGGAUCAAUACCAAUAUUUACAAGCAAGAUAAUUGAAUGUAAAUGAUCAUUUUAAGUACUGAUAGGAACAUGAUUCUAUUUGUAAUUGGCUCCAUAAUCCUUGAAAUAUAAACCAGUUGCUGGACCCGAUAAUUUGAUUUUUAAUUUUAAGCAUAUGCUUUAGAAUAAUUAUAUGAAACAUUUUUCAUAGUUGAUGAGGCAGGAUACUGAUGUCGUCACUUGUGGGCAUUUCUCUCAUUGUCGUGACGCUUUUAAUUUAUUUAUUACCUUAAUUUGAGUCCAAUUCAACAGCAGCUAAGUGUAUGCGCGACAUACGCUGGUCUUCAUAUUGCAGCUAAAUUUGUUUCUUCUCCUUGCUUGCUCUUCUUUCUAUCUUCUUCUUUACCAAAAAAUUUAAGCAUAUAGAAGGCCACUUCAGUCUCUUCUUGUUCCAGUUCAAUAACCUGUUGGGAAGCAUGGCAGAAAAGGUUAUUCUGCAUGGAGAAUCUAAGGAUAUGAUUGAAGGUGAACUCCAAGAAUCGACUUCAGCUUCUCAACCUAGAUCGCCCAAUCAAACUAGCAGACCUAGCAGUAUGAUCAUUAAGAAGGCGCAUACGCUGAUUCCUGCUCACUUAAUAGCUGAAGCCAUUUCAACUCUGCCUGGCCUUGACCUGAGGUGGUCUGGCCCGAUAACGCCCACUGAAAUGCAAUAUGUAGAGCAGUAUAUUUUUGCAAAGUAUCCACAGUAUUGUAAUGGUGUUGUAGAGCAACAAGAAAAGCUCGAUCUUGAAAGUCUCAGUAUCAAUGAAGAAUCAUCAGAAACCGGCCCUGAUGAGAAACGCAAGUCCCCUAAAAGCAACUCAUCAUCUCCAUCCUUUACCGGUAACCUCUAUGAUAUCGACAGAACCCAACUUGAGCCCUCAAGACUCCUGGAUAUCCUCUCCAAGAAAAAUUCCUUUCAGGGAAACUUCGUUUCAAUCCCAGAAAUUCAAGCGCGAAACCGGGCUUUGAAACAUUGCGGACUUAAUGAAGAUGAGUACUUGGUUCUUUUUAUGCAAAGCUACAAAGAAGCCAUGUUGAUGAUUGGUGAGAGCUACCCUUUCUUUAGAGGGAACUAUUAUUUGACAAUUCUCUCAGAAGACUCUGAUUUUAUAAAGGGAUUUGCGAGCCAGAAAGAAUCAAAAGUUAUUUCAGCGCCGGAGACAUGGUUAGAUUUGAGAAUUAAAGGGUCACAACUUAGUCAAAAUUUUAGAAGGAAAUGCAAGUACACCCCAAAGGGGCUUUUCUCAUAUCCAACGGUUGUGAAUGGGACGAGAUACUCCAUGCACUGGAUCUCUGAGGCUCACAGGAACUCGUGGCAUGUUCUUCUUGAUGCAACGGGGUUAGAUUUUGGUGAGGAUCGACUGGCACUUGCACUUCAUCGACCUGAUUUUGUGCUGUGUACACUUGAUAAUACACAUGCUCAGGGUCAGCCAUUGAAGAUUACCUCCCUCUUGGUUAGGAGAAAAUCAUUUGAAAAUGCAUCAGCUUCAGCCUAGCUUCAUCCAUCUCUAUAAAAUUCUUGAGAUUUGAGAAGGCGGCAUAGCUUGUAAUAAGGUGUAUAUAUAUAUAUAUAUACACGUUGUAAUUUUCUUUUGUUCUAAGGAAGCAUGAUUUCUUUAUU